AUGUCUGCCGGCUGUGUGCGUUCUCUCUGCGGCUCUGUGAAGCCUCUGCUCGGACCCCAGCUGCUGAAGGUUUAUUUCUAUAGCACAUUAAAUACAGAAAACUCUGCCCAAAGUGCUCCUCCACCUGCAAAGUAUGGAGGCAGACACACCGUCACUCUAAUUCCUGGAGACGGGAUCGGACCGGAGCUCGCCAACCACGUCCGUGAACUGUUCCGGUUCUGCUGCGUUCCGGUGGACUUUGAAGUGGUCAACGUGGACUCUGGCCUGGACUCUGAAGAUGAUAUCAAUAACGCCAUCAUGGCCAUCAGACGCAACAGAGUCGCCCUGAAAGGAAACAUUGAGACCAACCACAACCUGCCGCCGUCCUACAAGUCCAGAAACAACCUGCUGCGAACCUCUCUGGAUCUGUACGCUAAUGUGAUGCACUGCCAGUCUCUGCCAGGAGUGAGAACCCGCCACCGGAACGUCGACAUCCUGAUAGUCCGGGAGAACACGGAGGGAGAGUACAGCAGCCUGGAACAUGAGAACGUUCCAGGCGUAGUGGAGUGUCUGAAGAUCAUCACCAGGACCAAGUCCUUGCGCAUUGCAGACUACGCGUUCCGGACGGCUCGUGAGAACGGGCGCCGCCGGGUGACGGCGGUGCACAAAGCCAACAUCAUGAAGUUGGGUGACGGCCUCUUCCUGCAGAGCUGCCAGGAGGUCGCCAGCGGCUACCCCGAGAUCAGCUUCGACAGCAUGAUAGUGGACAACACCACAAUGCAGCUGGUUUCCAGGCCGCAGCAGUUUGAUGUGAUGGUUCUGCCGAACCUGUAUGGGAACGUGGUGAGCAACGUGUGCGCCGGCUUGGUAGGAGGACCGGGACUGGUUCCUGGAGCCAACUAUGGAGAAAACUACGCCGUGUUCGAGACGGGAACCCGGAACACGGGAAAGAGCAUCGCCAACAGGAACGUGGCGAACCCGACCGCCAUGCUGCUGGCAUCCUGCCAGCUGCUGGACCACCUGCGGCUCCGCGGCUUCGCCCACAUGAUCCGCAGAGCCGUACUGUCCACCGUCACCGAGACCCGGCUCCACACCGCUGACCUGGGGGGUCAGGGAUCCACAUUGGAGGUGCUCCAGUCUAUCAGGAAUGCUAUUGAGAGCACUGGACCACGCACACUGAACACCUAGAACCCUCCAGCAGAACCC